CAAAAGUAUGGGGAGCUGGUCUGCUGAGAAUGCCACUGAAGCCUUCCUCAACACCUUCAAAUUGCGCCAAAAAGCUAAUGAACCCGACGUCGCGGAGUUCAUAUCGGCCAUGGCUGCUGGAAACAACGCGCAGCUAAUGGUAGUGGCAUACGAGAGAUCCGCAGACCACAAGAUUCUAGCCCUGGCCGCUGCCGGCAGUCUGACCGGCGGCCGAGUGGUCUGCAUAAUUCCACGCCAGGAAGACCUUCAUCCAUCACGAGCAAUUCUCGGGUUCGAACCCCAUUACCCGAUCGAGUUCGUGGUCGGAGAAGCUGAGAAGCUUCUAGAAACCCAUUACAGAGAAGCGGAUUUUGUUCUGAUCGACUGUAACCUGGACAGCCACGUGGCUGUCAUCGAGGGCAUUGGAUCGAGAAGGAAGUUCGAACGCGCCACCGUGGUGGUGGGGUUUAAUGCGAUGAGGAAAAGAUGUGGAGAGUGGUCCGGUGGAUGGAGAACGCAGCUUUUGCCGAUUGGAAAAGGGGUGAUGGUGAUGAAAUUGGCGGCGGAGAUAUCAAAAUCCUCCGGCGAUGGGAGGAGGAGGCAGUGGGUUGUGAAGGUGGAUAAAUGCACCGGAGAAGAGCAUGUUUUUAGGGUUAGGCUCCCACAUCGAAAAGUCAUUCAAGCUUGACUUUCUCUCUCUCUCUCUGAUGACCUUCUUCCAUAGCCAUGG